UCAUUUGUUUAUGCAACCUGGUACUUAGAACAUUUUAAGUGCUUAAUCAAAUGAUUGUGGACACUUUCCGUCAACAGGUCAGUUUACCCAUUCGUAAAAUAGGAUUGCUGGGUAAGGGAGAGAGUGGGGAUACAUUAAAAAAUGAAAAUGUAAGAAAAAUAAUUAGCCAAUGAGUAAGCUCUACUUCCAUUACCCCUCUCCCAUCCCUUCUCCUUCCUCCAGACUGGUAGUUGGUAACAGGAGGCAAUGGGAACUAGGGACCGGUUGGCAGCUUUUUCCUAACUGGGAAUUGGAAGUAGUUAUUUUUUUUCAUGUACAUCAAAUUCCAGGUCUACUAAAGCCGAGCGCGAAGGCGGAAGAACCUCAGUUAACUCCCUCUGGGACUUUGUAGUGGUGCGACCUCCGAAUCCCUGGGGCGCGGACCGAUCUACCCCAGAGAGCUGAGCAAGGGCCCAAACUGAGGGGACUCGUUUACUCAUUCAGUAUCUCCCCGGGCUCCGAAUAAGUGUAGGUGGCUCCGAGGUUCCAAGCCCCUCCUGCGUUCUACCUCCACUUCCAGCCUGGAUUGCUCUGGAGGCCGAGGGAGCCCCUCCAAAGGGCUGCGGGAUUAGAAGGCCCGGACACCCCACUUCGGGGGGUUAGGACUGUCAGACAGGUUACGGAAUUUUCACUGUUCUCCAUCCCGCAGAGUUGGGGGCACCCCCUCUCGCAGCGUUUGGAACUCCUUGCUGAAUCCCUUUCCGAACUUUCUCUCAAAAAGUUCGAAAUGACUUUGUCAUUAAGCCCAGAGUCACACCCCUCUCCCUCCUCUAAAUUCUCUUUUCCCCAGUUCAUUCCAUUGCACCCCCUCCGUCCUCCGAAACCUUUCUAUCCAAAUCCCAGGGGGAGCUGGAUAUUCCCAUCCCCCAGGGUUUGGCAUUUAGGAGUUGUCUCAGUCUAGGGUCUUGGAUACCCUUCCGGGCUCAGAGUAUGUGUACAGUUUGCUCUAAGUACCCUAGAGUAAGGCUCUGGUGUCCCCGUCUUCCCUUCCCACUUUGCGUCCAGAAACCGAUUCGGCGUCCGGGGGAAGUCCCAAUUAGUCCCCUCCUCUGGCAAAGAAAAGGGGGAAAAUCUUCGUGCCACUCAAACAUCUGAGGGAGGGGUCAGGUUAGGCUCUGAACACGUCGCUACCAACCACCAUAACUCAUCUGGUUGUCCAGCUUCCGCAUCCAGCCUCCACCACAUAGGCUCUGCUGGGCUCCGCCUUGCCUAGAAGUACCGAGACUGAAACCUUUCUGGGGCAGCUAACGGCCCUCCGGAUGCCCACAAAUUCUCUGGCUUUUUCCCUCUGUCUUUUCUGUGAGCUCCAGACUGAGCACUCCGGUACUCAGUACUUCGAAAGAAAGGUGCCGGUGAAAUGGCUGAGGGAAGGAUGGGGGAUGCCUGAGGUAUUGGGGUAAGAGCCAGAGGACCUCCCCAUCUCAGGCAGACAAAGCAGAACAUGCCAUGUCUACCCCUUCUCCAGGGGGCCAAAGAUGGGGGAGGACAUCCCAAGCCUGAAGGGAGCCUUUGACAUCUUAAACCGAGCUGGGCAGGAUAAACUCCUCUACCUCAAACACAAGCUGAAGCUCCUUCAGCCUAGCUCCAAGGGCAGCGGCCUCCUCCACGCCAUGGUCCUGCUGACUCUAGGACAGAAGACAGAGGCCAGGAUCCUCCUGGACUCCCUGAGAGGAGAUAAGGCGGCACUCUCCAUGGCUAAGACCUGGGAAAGCCGUGAGCCCGACCAGAUGGAACUUUUGCCAUCCGAGGAGCAGGCGGACAUCCAAUUGGCUGUUGCCCGCAUUUACCAGUUACUUCUUGAAGAGAAACUAUGUGACGCUUCGGCCCGGAACCAGGCCUACUAUGCUGCUCUCCGGACCCUCCACCAGCAUCAUGACGCUCGGUUGGACAGUAUCUGGGCUGAGGUCCAGUUCCACUGCAGCCGUGAUGUCUGUAGAACCAAGAGUUUCCAGACCCUCAGGUCAGAUAUGGGCUACCUUCCAGUGUCCCCAAAGCCUUCCUCUAGGAUCAGUAGUCAACCCUGGCCUAUCAGGGAGAGGUCAGAUGUCCUGGCACCUGAGUCACUUCCUCUGACCUUACGUUCUACUGGUAGUCCUGCCUCUUUCCCUAGCAAACUGGAUAUCAGUCAGUCCCCCACUUUGGCCUUCUUCACCUGCCAGCCCCAGAAAGGGGGUCCUAAAGGCCCCAGUAAACUGUGUGGAGACCCUCAGUCAGAUUCCACAGAGGCCUCUGGACCAGAGGAGACGAGCCUCUGGGCUUGCUCGGACCCCGCUGCCUCACUCUCUGAACAGCUGGACAGCUCGGUCCCGGGGGUUUCUGGUUCUCAGGCUCCCAGACCCUCUACGUCCCCAUCUCCUGCACCCUCAGUGGCCCCGGAGACCAGCAGGCAUUCUGUGGAAUGUAAUGAAACACUUUCCGACCCCACGCCUCCAGAAUGCGUCUCAACAAAGCCUGCAGAAAUUCUUGAGAGUUUUGGGGUGCUCCCAGAAUUGCCUCCCGUGUCAGUCCUUCUUGCUAGGGAAGAGAAGGCUACCCUACUCUCUGUACAAGAGGGUGAUUUGCCCAAGAAGACCUCCAGUCCCAGGUCUCCCGUCCCCCCCCAGGAUCCUUCUGCAUCCCUCUCAUCUCCACUGCCUUCAGGACCUGAGCUAGACACGGGACAGCGUUUCUUCAGCUUUGUGAUCCUCCACGCCCAGGAGGACGAAGCCAUCGCCUUUCGGGUCCGGGACACCCUGGAGAGCCUGGGCGUACCCGACGGAGCCACAUUCUGUGAGGAGUUCCAGCUCCCCGGCCGUUUUGAGCUCCGGUGCUUACAAGAUGCCAUCGACAACUCGGCCUUUACGGUGCUCCUGCUCACCAAGCACUUCGAUUGCCACAUGAGCCUCCACCAGGUACAUAUGGCAUUAAUAAACUCCAUCACGAGGAAGGAAAAAGAGAACUCCGUUAUUCCCUUCUUUCCUCGGGAGAGCACACUGAAAUCUACCCAGGUCUCCCCGCUGUUGAGGGGCCUGGUGAGUCUGGAUGAGAAGUCUCCUGUGUUUUCCAAGAAAGUCAAAAGCACCUUCAAAUCUCGGAAGCUGCAAGCCCAGAGGGAGGUGUGGAAGAAACAACAGGAAAUUCAGGCGAUCCAGGAGCAGACCCAGCAGAUGGUAGAGGACAGGAAGAGGGUGUCUCAGAAGAAGAACGCCCUCUCUGACUAUACACACGAAUAUAAACGUCUGCAACAGCAGUUACAGAGCAUCAACUUUGUGGUCCAGAAUCAAGGACCCUUUGCUUAUGGCUACAGUACACCGCAGCUACCUCCUUGGCCACAUGGUCUCCCCACCUAUUUUGCUCCUGCUUCCUCGGCUUUCCCAGCCAAUCAGUUAUUCCCACCUAUGCCCUUCCCCCCUGACCCCAGCUCAGCCCCUCAGCUGGACCCUCAAAGUGCUGGAGCCCAGCCUCUUAUCAUCCAUAAUGCUCACAUGGUACAACUGGGUCUCAACAACUACAUGUGGGGCCAGAAGGAAGGGCAAGGUCCUAGUGAGGAAGAGAGAACUGAGGAAGACGGAGAAGACCCUGGAGCCCUCUAAUUAUUUCCUAGGUUGUGAGGAUGAUUCUUUUUGUGUGGCCCACAGAACAGACUUAUUCCAAAGUCCAACUGUCCCUUGCUGCCACCAUGGGUCUGAGAAGCCAGGAGAGCAAGCAUGGGCCAGUGCCAGAAAAAUGUCACAGCUAGGAUCACAAAUUUAGGACUGAAAGGCAUCUGGGAGGCCCUUCAGUCCAACACGCUCUAAUUUUAUAGAUUAGAUAACAAAGCUCAGAGAAACUAAGUGAUUUUCCUGAUGUCACACAUCUGGUGAUGGCUAGAAUUGGUAUUUCAGCGGAAGAGAGAAUAGUUAUAAUCCUGUUCAUUACCAUCCUGCCUGGAGUCCCCUGGAGGAUUCAGCAGCUGCAGAUUUGAAAAGAAGCACAAAAUAGUUUGAGUAGGGAGAUAUAGCAUUUUCCUCUUCUGGUAUUGUUGAUCCUUUUUUUCCCGGGGUAUGGAGAGGAGGCUUCCAGCUAAAUAUCCCCCAGCUUCUCAGAACAUCAUCAGGGAACCAAAAUCUAAUAUUGACUUUUUGUUUGGUAGCCUCUUCUCCUUUCCAUGAUUCUCCAUGUAGGCUCCAUCAUUUGUGAAAUGGGUGCUAUGCAAAUUAAUCUCCCUCUGGGUUUGAGAUUUAAUGUUUUUAAAUGUAUGGGAGGGAAGGGAAGUGGACAAUUGUGGGAGAGGUCAUCAUGAAAAGACUCAAGUUGGAAAAUCUACUUUAUGCCUAGAAUUAGUUUUUUUUUUGGGGGGGGGGGGAUUUUUGGAUAUAAAUUUCAAGGGUCCAUGAACUUGGAUGCUGAAAAAAAAUGACAUCUUUUAUUUUCAUAACUUUCUAACUUAAAUGUAGCAUUACUGCCACUCUGAAUGCAAACAUCAAAUGCUUUCUGAAGAAGAAUCCAUAGGCUUUACCUGACAGCUAAAGGGGUCUAUGACAUACAAAAAAGAGUUAUGAACCCUUGGACUAGAUGGAGGGGAGACAAGGGGAAUGGACAAAAUGAUAUAUAUGUAUGUAUGUGUGUGUGUAUAUAUAUGUGUGUGUGUGUGUGUGUGUGUGCGUGCAUGUCUUUACCUAUAUUAAUUUCAUUUUCUCAGUGUCAUCUAUAUGUCCAUCCAUUUAUCUAUUUAUAUACGAUGAAAAUAAUUUAGAUUAGUAUAGUUGAAGACACAAUAUAUCUUCUCUUGAGAAAUUCACCUCCGACCAUCCAAGCAAAAUUGAGUCUACCCAAUGUAUGAUUGUGGAAUCUUCAUUGCUUUAUCAGGCAAGAAAAUUAUUAUUUUUUUAAUAUGUAAGUUGGACUUAAAGUCCCUUCCAACUUUGAAAGUUCAAGAUUCAAUGAAAAAUGUGUGACAUCUUUCUGCCCUUGGGUUCAUCAUGAUCUAGGAAGCUACAACUUAACGUUAGGACUAAAAGGACCAAUAUUUUGCCAGGAGAGGCGUUCCCCAUGGAUAGAUACAAAUACCAGCUGUACUUCACUGAGCCUUAAUAAAUAGUUUCAUUAGUUGCUAUAGUUGAAAAAAAAAAUGGAUGUUCAACCCUGUGAUGAAGGACAUCUCCAAACCCAGCCAGGCUGGUCUUUUGGUGACAGUUAUCCUCCAACCAAUUCUUAAAAGUCCUUAUAGGAAGGCCUCUGGACUAAUGAGGGCUGCUCAGCUCUCUGGGUGGAACUUUUGUGAUACUAAGAAUAUCAUGAUGUACCUAUGAAGAAAUGGAAGAAGGCUUCAGUAGAACUUGGUGUAAUGCUGACAAAUGCCAUUUUCCUUCCAUGUUGGUGUUUUGGUGACAAUGGGCAGUUGAAUUGAAGGUUAAUUCAGUUCUUCUGUAAUAAAUAUUUAUUGAAUAGUU